UUCUUCUACCAGUAGUGGAUAUUAGAGUUUAGUUUUGAUUGCAGCCGGUGAUUUAAGCGACAAAUAGCAUUCUGCAGGCGUAUAUGGCAGUUUCCAAUCUAUAACCUCUGUGAUCUGUGGAAGUCGUGUUGAACAUAACCAAUUCAAUUAUGACGUUUGUAAUAGGCUCUAAAAACAGAAACAAAUUUUAUUGCAGCCAAAUUUUGUGUGUGAAUUAUCGAUUGUUAGUUUUUAAAGCAAGAUUUAACAGGAAAAGUGUAUAGGACUGGCCAAUCGCAUUUUCAACGAUAAAUGCCGGGUCGUUUGGACUAGUUUUUCAAAAGUUUGAAAAUAUAAAAGAACGCCGAAAUCUGCUAGACAUAAAGUACAUAAUGAUCCAAUGCAAAAAACUGGAAAAAAUGUGUUCUAGAAAGACGCAGAUUUCAACCAUUAAACGAAUCCAACAAUCAAAAGAACUCCAUCUUGUAGUCGAAAUCGUUCCAGAGCCAAUACAUAAAUUGCGACAACAAACGCGGGGAGAUUAUAAUGAGAGCAGGAAAACAAAUUAUUUCAAACAAUGCAAAAACCCAGAAAAAAUGCGUUCCGAAGAGACACAUAUUUCCACCAUUGAACGAAUCCAAAAAUCAACAGAACCACAGCUUGUAGUCAAAAUAGUUCCAGAACCAAUACACAAAUUGCGACAACAAACGCGGGAAUAUUAUAACAAGAACAGUAAAACAAAUGAUUUGGAACAAUGCAAAAAUCCAGAAAAAAUGCGUUACGAAAAGACACAGAUUUCCACCAUUAAACGAAUCCAACAACCAACAGAACCACAGCUUGUAGUCAAAAUAGUUCCAGAACCAAUACACAAAUUGCGACAACAAACGCGGGAAAAUUAUAACGAGAACAGGAAAACAAAUGAUUUGGAACAAUGCGAAAAACCAGAAAAAAUGCGUUCCGAAGAGACCCAGAUUUCCACCAUUAAACGAAUCCAACAAUCAACAGAACCACAGCUUGUAGUCAAAAUAGUUCCAGAACCAAUACACAAAUUGCGACAACAAACGCGGGAAAAUUAUAACGAGAACAGGAAAACAAAUGAUUUGCAACAAUGCAAAAAACCAGAAAAAAUGCGUUCCGAAGAGACACAGAUUUCCACCAUUAAACGAAACAAAGAAUCAACAGAACCACAGAUUGUAGUCAAAAUCGUUCCAGAGCAAAUACACAAAUUGCGACAGCAAAAGCGGGAAGAUUAUAAUGAGGACAGUAGUUUAACUAUCACAGAGGAACCCAGCGAGAAAAAGCAUAUUCCAAUAUACAGAACGAAAUUACCCGAACGAUCGAAGCCGACUACUCAAGUCAAAGAUUUAUAUGAUUUUACGGAUACCAGUCCUAAAGUUAAAGUGAAGAACAAACGAAGAUCUUCUAUUAUAUUUGACAAAAACACUUUUGAGAUCUUGCAGAGACUGCAGGAAAAAGAUAAUAAAUUAAAGAAAAAAGCCCUCAGAAAACUGAAGAAAACUUAUGAAGAGACGGUCAAUGGAAUCGUUUCAAACCUGAAACAGAAAAUAGCAAAGCGAAACCGUGACAAACCUAACGAAUGCCAGCCGCAUACAACUACCUCAAAACAGCAGGAACGGGAUGAACCCCGGAGAGAUGAAUGUGUUGUGCAUGUAAAAAACUUUGAUAAAGAAUUGAAUAUUGUUGCCAAUUUAUCAACAGUCAAAGAAAGAGAAGAAACAAACCCGACUAAAGAACAUCACAAAAUUGAAAACCCUCAACAUGAACAAGCUGUAAUUGAUACGACUGUGGAGCAAGCGCGAGCUUUCAAUACCCAAGAUCUUGAUCUUAUAAUGCUCCAAAGUAUUGGCGAUAAUUCCGUUAUUCUAAAAGAUUUAGAGAGCGGCUUUGGUUUUGACGACAAUGACCCGCCUUCUCCCCGCGCAAGUACCCCAGUUAAAAAAAUUAGUAUAUUGAGCAACAAGCUUCUACGACCAGCCUGUAAAGGUUCUGUAGAAUCACCUGUAAAUUUCCGUACGGAAAUUCCAAAUGCAAACAGUACAAUGGUUCAAGCAGGAGCUACAGCAAGUCCAUGGCGCACUAAUUGGAUUAAUGUGAAACGGAAUCCGCAUUUAGUCAGCUUUAAAGCCAACGCUUUGCCUACCGUAGAUCAGGAGAUGGUACUAAAUCAUUCUAUUGUGGAAAACUAUGAGAGGCAUUGCACUAAACGGCAACCUCAAAAGUCAACUUGCUCUGUGAAAACCAGAGCUGUGCAGAAAAGUAUUCUAGAUUUCGUAGAAAGCAACAUUGAUAAGGAAAACUCGAACUUACAAUGUUCCUUGUACGACUAUGAAGAUUUUAAUAGUCCUGAAAAAACUUUGAAAGCGGAGCAAAGACCAGUACAAAACGUAAAGAGAAAAGUGUUAGGGGAACUUAAUAAUAUACCCGCUCAAGAAAACCUAAUAGCUCCCAUAGUAGAAACUAAUACUGAAGAUAUUGAAAACACCACAUACUUCGGUUUUGAGCAAAGCACCUGCUCAAGCCCUAAAAAAGAUCAACGAAAUGGCAAACCCUUGCCUUCCCGCUUUGAUUUAAGCAACUUGAAGAAGUACAACAGAAGGGCUGGGCGGCUUCUACAACUGUCUCCUCGUGAAGAGUCAGCGUUAUCAGACGACAUAAAUGAAAGUGUUUCGAUACUUGAAAAUUCCUCUGGAGAAGAUGUUGGUGAAAUUCAAUUGUUUGAAGACCCUGAUAAAAUGUUCGAUCAGAUGGAAUCUUUCAGUGCUGUAGAUAAAAAACUCAAGAGAAAGCGACUACAUUCAUUCGAAAUGGAUGACAGCGACCAGACAUGUAAGCGCAAAACGAAGAAAACUAAACUAGAGAUUGAACAGGAAGCUUGGAUCCAGGACUUCAAUAAAAGGUGCGACGAGAUUGAUAGUAGUGCUUUAGAGAUAGAGUAGUUUCGCUUCGGACUUGAAAUAAGUCGUGUUUUACUGUGAAAAACGAGCAUUAUGAUUUAAAGCGAAACUGUGACGUUUCGGAUUUGGAAGUAUACAUUAUUUUACAGCCAUACGUUUUCUACGUGUUUAUAUACAUAUAUUUAUAGUAUUUUAUAAAAGCAUAUAAGAGUAUGCGGUGUAAGCGUUGUUUUUUUUAUUAGAGCUUUGUUCGUUGUCUUC